AUGUGGUGCUACAACGCCGUGAUAGCCGACGGCCGUGUGCCCUCGGCCACGGACCUCCAGGCCCGCUGCAGCAUCCUCAGCCCAGAGCUGGCACUGCCCGCCGGCGCCCACGCCACAACCACCCGCUCCCACGGAGCCCUGCACAUACUAGGUAUAAUCAGAAUGAUGAUAUUAAAUUACAGACCUGUUGUAAUUGGUGUUAUUUACUGAGAAAUCAUAUGGUAGCAAGUACGGGGUCAUGUUCACUAGGAAUGAAACGGAAGCAAGCAGGCUGAAACGGGGAGGCACGACCUGAACUUGUCCAAUGUAAAUAGUCUGAGUGGCCAUUUGAUUAAUUGUUCAGCAAUAUUAUGGCUUGGGAAUAGAAGCUGUUAAGGAGCCUUUUGGAACUAGACUUGGCGCUCCGGUACCUCUUGCUUUGCGGUAGCAGAGAGAACAGUCUAUGACUUGGGUGACUGGAGUCUUUGACAAUUUUUGGGGCCUUCCUAUGACACCGCCUAGUAUAUAGAUCCUGGAUGGCAGAAAGCUUGGCCCCAUUGAUGUACUGGGCCGUAAGCAAUACUCUCUUUAGCGCCUUACGGUCGGAUGCCGAGCAGUUGCCAUAACAGGCGGUGAUGCAACCGGUCAGGAUGCUCUUGAUGGUGCAGCUGUAGAACUUUUUGAGGAUCUCGUGACCCAAAUCUUUUCAGUCUCCUGAGGGGGAAAAGGUAUUGUCGUGCCCACUUCACAACUGUCUUGGUGUGUUUGGACCAUGAUAGUUUGUUGGUAUGUGGACACCAAGGAACUACCCUCUCCACUACAUCCCUGUUGAUGUUAAUGGGGCUCUGUUCGGCUGUCCUUUUCCUGUAGUCCGCGAUCAUCUCCUUUGUCUUGCUCACAUUGAGGGAGAUGUUGUUGUCCUGGCACCACACUGCCAGGUCUCUGACCUCCUCCCUAUAGGCUGUCUCAUCGUUGUCUCUGAUCAGGCCUAACACUGUUGUGUCGUCAGCAAACUUGAUGAUGGUGUUGGAGUCGUGCUUGGCCACACAGUCGUGGGUGAACAGGGAGUACAGGAGGAGACUAAGCAUGCACCGCUGAGGGGCCCCAGUGUUGAGGAUCAGCGCGGCAGAUGCGUUGUUACCUACCCUUACCACCUGUGGGCGGCCCGUCAGGAAGUCCAGGAUCCAGUUGCAGAGGGAGGUGUUUAGUCCCAGGGUCCUUAGCUUAGUGAUGAGCUUUGUGGGCACUAUGGUGUUGAGAGCGUGAUCACACAGUCGUCCGGAACAGCUGGUGCUCUCAUGCAUCCUUCGAAGCGAGCAUAAAAUACAUUUAGCUCGUCUAGUAGGCUUGUGUCACUGGGCAGCUCGUGGCUGGGUUUCCCUUUGUAGUCCAUAAUAGUUUGCAAGCCCUGCCACAUCCGACGCGUGUCAGAGCCGGUGUAGUAGGAUUCAAUCUUAGUCCAGUAUUGACGCUUUGCCUGUUUGAUGGUUCGUCUGAGGGCUUAGUGGGAUUUCUUAUAAGCGUCCGGAUUAGUGUCCCACUCCUUGAAAGCGGCAGCUCUAGCCUUUAGCUCGGUGCGGAUGUUGCCUGUAAUGCAUGGCUUCUGAUUGGGAUUAGGGCUGUGGCAGUCACAAAAUGUUGUCAGUCAGUGAUUGUCAAGCAAAUAACUGUCGGUCUCACGGUAAUUUAACGUUAAUUAACAUAAACGCAUUUAGCAUCUCCUGGCUUCCACACGUAGCCUACAAGCCACUGAUGCUGACCUUUGGAACAUCUACAUUUAAAAAAGUAUAAUAAAUCCAUUUAAUAUAACCUACAACUUCAAAAUAAAUCCAUUAUUUAUUUUAGACAUCUCUAUAGAAGCAUGAUAUGAAGAAAAUGUUUCAGAACAGAAUGGGAUGCUCUGAGUUGUCCUUAUGUUAGGUGCUGAUAAUUCAAUGGCACUAUUUUAUAGUAUAAAGAAUACAAUUGAACAAAGCAGAAUAAAAUAGAAAUGAUAUUUUCUCCAAACAAUUUGAGGGAGUGUGCACAUGCGGCUAUUCUGUGUUGAGUGGUUAACAAAGAAAUAGGUAUUCCUAUAUGCUUAAUUUAGAGUUAUUAAUGUAACUUUAGUUGUUCUACAAACGUUGGGCUAUAUGUUUACAUUUUUAAUACAUUGUAAGGCUGCAUGAUGCGACUCUAAUGAUGAUUUGAAAAUAGUUGCUUGAAAGGCAUGAGCUCUGCUUUGUUUUUUUGCGCAGGCUGUACACUUCAUCAGUCACUGGAUAAUGCCUAGAAUUUCACGACGGCAUCCCCUUUGUGUGGCCGUAAUGCACCCUAAAGAAAUCUGUGCCUUUUGCGGCCAGUGGCCGUUGUGCCCUUCUCGCUGAGUGCUGCGCGCUCCAUCACGUGAUCUGUUCUUUCUCACAGGCUACAAGUGAAGACAGACACGGGGACAAACUACCUUAUCCAAUUCUGAGGUGCAUAUUGGUGCAUAUUGAAGAAAAUUGUCAAUUUUUACUUUUCGUCAGCCAACAAGAUGAGUAGGCCUAACGAACAGCAAAAGCACUAGCCUAUGUCAAUCUACUAUCCCUCAUAGUACAAAGGUCGACCUAUUCUGUGCGAGAAAUAAAUAUUCAAAUUCCAUAGUCUGGGACAGUUGUGGGAUGCGAUAGAUCCCAAAUUAAUACAACCACUAGCAUCAAAAAACCUUUUUUACGGAAUGUGGCUGACGCAACAGAUCAGAACGUUUAGCUUAAAAUGUUGACAAACUAUUCGGCUAUUUCUUCACAUUAUAAGCGCAGCAAUGCACACAUGGUAGUAGGCUAUAAGCGCAAAUGUUCCAUUAGCGGAAACACCAUUAUCAAAAGUGACCGCAAAUGCUAUUAUGCAUGUAAUGCUUUUAUUAUAAAGGUGCAUUUUUAUGGUGAAAAAUCUCUUCCCCAAACUUGAAACUCACGCGCUGCUUAUGUAUGCAAGUUAGGCUCUGCACCCCUUGUAAAGUGGAUUAAGUGCUUACUUUUAAUAAGUUAUUUGGCCACUUUAAUUGUGAUACAAAUCUUAUUAAAACAUAUAGGCCUAUGGGCUAGGCUACAUGAGGUGUGCGACUAUGAUUAAAAAAAGUAGCCAAAAGAAAGGCAUGGUUUCUUAUGCUGGGCAUCAUUCACAAGUGAUAAUAUAUAAUUCACAAGUGAUACGCUAAUAUUGUCACCCAUCAGACUAUUCUUGAUUUAAUCUUGUCUUUACAUAUACUAAAUAAUAUAGGGGUACCAGUCAAAAGUUUCGACACACUUACUCAUUCAAGGGUUUUUCUUUAUUUUUUAUAUUUUCUACAUUGUAGAAUAAUAGUGAAGACAUCAAAACUAUGAAUUAACACAUAUGGAAUCAUGUAGUAACCAAAAAAGUGUUAAACAAAUAUACAUAUAUUUGAAAUGUGAGAUUCUUCAAAGUAUCCACCCUUUGCCUUGAUGACAGCUUUGCACACUCUUGGCAUUCUCUUAACCAGCUUCAUUUGGUAGUCACCUGGAAUGCAUUUCAAUUAAUAGGUGUGCCUUGUUAAAAGUUAAUUUGUGGAACAGCUCAAAUAAGCAAAGAUAAACGAUAGUCCAUCAUUACUUUAAGACAUGAAUGUCAGUCAAUACGGAACAUUUCAAGACCUUUGAAAGUUUCUUCAAGUGCAGUCGCAAAAACCAUCAAGCGCUAUGAUGAAACUGGCUUUCAUGAGGACCGCCACAGGAAAGGAAGACCCAGAGUUACCUCUGCUGCAGAGGAUAAGUUCAUUAGAGUUAACUGCAGAUUGCAGACCAAAUAAAUGCUUCACAGAGUUCAUGUAACAGACACAUCUCAACAUCAACUGUUCAGAGGAGACUGCGUAAAUCGGCCUUCAUGGUCGAUUUGAUGCAAAGAAACCACUACUAAAGGACACCAGUAAGAAAAGAAGAAGAGACUUGCUUGGGCCAAGAAACACGAGCAAUGGACAUUAGACCUGUGGAAAUGUGUCCUUUGGUCUGAUGAGUCCAAAUUUGAGAGUUUUGGUUCCAACCGCCGUGUCUUUGUGAGACACAGAGUGGGUGAACGGAUUAUCUCUGCAAGUGUGGUUCCCACCGUGAAGCAUGGAGGUGUGGGGGUGAUUUGCUGGUGUCAGUGAUUUAUUUAGAAUUCAAAGCACACUUAACCAGCCUGGCUACCACAGCAUUCUGCAGAGAUACGCCAUCCCUUCUGAUUUGCGAUUAGUGGGACUAUCAUUUGUUUUUCAACAGGACAAUGACCCAACACACCUCCAGGCAGUGUAAGGGCUAUUUGACCAAGAAGGAGAGUGAUGGAGUGCUGCAUCAGAUGACCUAGCCUCCACAAUCACCCGACCUCAACCCAAUUGAGAUGUUUUGGGAUGAGUUGGACCGCAGAGUGAAGGAAAAGCAGCCAACAAGUGCUUAGCAUAUGUGGGAACUCCUUCAAGACUGUUGGAAAAGCAUUCCGGGUGAAGCUGAUUGAGAGAAUGCCAAAUGUGUACAAAGCUAUCAUCAAGGCAAAGGGUGGCUACUUCGAAGAAUCUAAAAUCUAAAAUAUGUUUUGAUUUGUUUAACACUUUUUUGUUUACUACAUGAUUCCAUAUGUGUUAUUUCAUAGAUUUGAUGUCUUCACUAUUAUUCUACAAUGUAGAAAAUAGUAAAAAUAAAGAAAAAAACCUUGAAUGAGUACGUGUGUCCAAACUUUUGACUGGUACUGUAUGUGAAAUUUGUUUUGAUUUAGAAUGUAUCAUUGUCAUGCACCUGUAUCGAAAUACAUGUAAUCUAUGCACUUAAAUAGCGAAUGGAGGACACUUUUCUCCUUGGUUUAUUUUCAUGCCAGCCAGGUAGGCUAUACUCCUGUUGUAAAUAUAAGCAAUGUGCUUAAUAUUAGGAAAGUUGAAAAAUAAAUAUAGUAGGCCUAGCCUAUGGAAAGCUGAUCUUCCUCUUUUCAGUAGAGGCCAUCACUCUGUUUUCUCGUGCAACAGCAUAGCCUAUUGAAAUGUUGCGCAACAUGAGCUCAUGGGCUCUCAUUAAGUGUUUGACUAUAUUUUCGAAUACAUUUGCAUUGAUGUCAGAGUGAUUAGAGGGACAAUAGAGUGCUGUGUACCAGGCAGUUAGCAAGUUUUGUAGGCUACUAAUGACCAUCAGCAGCAUCAGAGCUUGGAGAUGUCUAAUUACCGUGACUAAACGGUCACGUGGAAUUUGACUGUCUUCAUGACUCGUGACUGCCGGUGUGGCGGUAAUAUGGUCACCGCAACAGCCCUAGUUGAGAUAUGUACGCACGGUCACUUUGGGGACGACGUCGUCGAUGCACUUAUUGAUGAUGCCGGUGACUGAGGUGGUAUACUGCUCAAUGCCAUUGGAUGAAUCCCGGAACAUAUUCCAGUCUGUGCUAGCGGAACAGUCCUGUAGCGUAGCAUCCGCGUCAUCUCACCACUUCCGUAUUGAGCGAGUCACUGGUACUUCCUGCUUUAGUUUUUGCUUGUAAGCAGGAAUCAGGAGGAUAGAAUUAUGGUCAGAUUUGCCAAAUGUAGGGCGAGGCAGAGCUUUGUAUAUGUCUCUGUGUGUGUAGUAAAGGUGGUCUAGAGUUGUUGUUUUUUCCCUCUGGUUGCACACGUGACAUGCUGGUAGAAAUGAGGUAAAACGGAUUUAAGUUUGCUUGCAUUAAAGUCCCCGUCCACUAGGAGCGCAGCUUCUGGAUGAGCAUUUUCUUAUGGCCUUAUACAGCUCGUUGUGUGCUGUCUUAGUGCCAGCAUUGGUUUGUGGUAGUAAAGAAACGGCUACGAAUAAUAUAGAUGAAAACUCUCUUGGUAGAUAGUGUGGUCUACAGCUUAUCAUGAAGUACUCUACCUCAAGCGAGCAAUACCUCGAGACUUAUUUAAUAUUUGACAUUGCGUACAAGCUGUUAUUGACAAAAAGACACACACCCCCACCCCUCGUCUUACCAGACGUAACUUUUCUGUCCUGCCGAUGCCCAGCCAGCUCUAUAUUAUCCGUGUCGUCGUUCAGCCACGACUCGGUGAAACAUAAGAUAUUUCCCCUUCAAAAAUGAAUACUCUCGCAAUUAUUCAAAUACUAACAUCUGUUCGGAUAUUCGAAUAUUCAGAUAAUCGUGCCCAUCCCUAAUCAAUGCCACUAUUGCUUGAUACUAGUAGUGCCUGACUUGUCACUCUGCUGUCAUUGUCUCUCUCACUUCCUCUCUCGCUCUCUCUCUCUCCCUCUCUCCUCUUUACGCUGAAGCACUUUCUUUUGAAAGCAUUUUCUUUUGACAGCUACUAAAAGCAUAUUUAAUUAAUGUUAGUGUUAAAUCUUAGUUCUUUAAUCUCAGGGUAUGAGGAGAUUAUACAUCUCUGUACUUGCAGAAAGGCCUAGCUAUAAGAAAACAUUUAUCAUUCUGUACUACUUUAGCACAUUGUACCAUUUUAGCACAGUGCUUUUACAGCAGUACUGCCAAGCACAGUAAAAACAGACCAUGUUAAGCGCUAACAAGAAGUGCCCUGUGUGUGUGUUGUGAGCAGGUUGCCUGGAUACGCUGGCGGCCAUGCAAGAGCUGAAGAUGUGCGUGGCCAGCACAGAGGAGGAGACUCAGGCCGUUAUGAAGGUGUACUCCAAGGAGGAGUACAGUGUGGUCAACCGCUUCGAGAGUGAGUCCACACACUCAGUUCCUCAUGGGAUUUUUUCCAAUGACCAACAGGAAAUCCUGGUUUUCAGUUCACAUCUUCUACAGCAGGGUUCCCUAACUGGUGGCCUGUGGGUUGAAUUUGGCCCGCGGGUGGUUUCAUUUGGCCCCCAACAUUUUUGGAACCCCCCCCCCAAAAAAAAAAUAAACACUUUGUAAACUUGUAUUUUUAAACAAUUUAAUUGUUGGACAUAAAAUACUCUAUAAACACCAGGAAAUCAGCCAUCACCAAUUCCGGCCCCCCGACCAUCCGCUCAACAGAAAAUCGACACUCUGCUGAGUCUAGUUGAUGGUCCCUGUUUAGAGUAUUUGUCACACUCACAGCUAUUUCUCAUAUCCCUUUUUCCUGAUUUUGGUUUGAUUGAUUUAUGACAUGAUAUUCCAGCCAGAGACAACAUUAUAUAUAUACUUUAUAUAUAUAUACUUUAUCACCAGUGAUUCAUAAAAAAAAAAGUGCCAAUUCAGGCUCUUAUUUAAUUUAAGGAUUACUACCAAAAAGUAUUACCCAUAUUAUAAUUCAAGUAUGCAUUCAAAAGUAUUUCAACAGCAGAGUACCUUGUGUUCCACUAUAUCAUAUUGCAGUGACUGGGCACUUCUAGUAAAACUAACCUCAUUGUAUUGUUAUGAGCACAGAUGAUGAUGCUGCAGAGCCUGAGUCAUCGCAACUUCAUGUGUAAUGUCAUAGGUCACGGGGGUGGCUGGGGUUACUCGGCCCACUCGGUGGAGGCCAUCCGCUUCUGUGCUGACUCUGACAUCCUGCUGGGGGGACUGGGCCUGUUCGGGGGCCGUGGGGAGUACACCGCUAAGAUCAAGGUCAGUGGCAGGGACACUAGCAAAUGGACUGCAUUUCCUCUAGCUCUUUUUGCUAGGUCUAUACAUGUUUGA